CACCUGUUUGCAUAAAGCAGACAUGAGCACAGUAGCGUGUGUAGGGCCUGCAGUCAGUACAAUGGCUGCAGCCGGAGUUGGACCAGGAAUGGGUGUAUGUGGUGACAGCACUUCCUCAGCACAAGGUGAAGGUAAAAAGUCAGAAAAAACAUCAUCGAACACUAAGGAUGCACCCAUAAGUCCUGCUUGUGCCAAGGCAGAUGUUAGCACAAUAGCAUGCGUAGGGCCUGCCAUUAGUUUGAUGUCAGCUGUGGGGGUUGGGCCUGGCAUGAGUGUGUGUGGUGAUAAAGGGACUGCUGCGACAGGAGGUGGAGAAUACACAGCUGUUCCAAACUCAGUUGUGAGGGUUAGAGUGCGGACACACUCAGUAAGCAGUGAUGAAAGUGAUAAUGUCUCCAGAGCUUAAGAGAACUUACUUAGUAUGAAUAUGUUUGACACUGUGAUGAAUUUCAUAAUUGUACUUUUAAGAAUGUGAUCAAUAUCACAUGUGUAUAAAAUGAAAUGUAUUUUA